AUGGGUCUCGGAGUCCUUGAACCUGCCAACGCAGGCCAUGUUUCAGGAACUGUCCUGCUCGACCAGCAGGCCGCUCAUUCCGAACAGCAGACUGGCCGCCUGAAGCAUGGCACCGGAAAGAACUCGCACAUUGUGCUAGCCCCUCAACCGUCUGAAGAUCCUAAUGAUCCUCUGAAUUGGUCAUCUGCCAAGAAGCACUUCGUGCUCUCUGUUAUAUUCUUUGGAGUCAUUAUCCAUGGCUGCGUUCCUUCACCUUUGCUCAACGCUGGAGUCGUCAAUGUCGCCUUGGACCUCCACCGAACCCCAACCGCCAUCGCACAGCUCUCCGGCUACAUGUUGCUUUGCACUGGCGCUUGUGGUCCAUUUGUCUCUGCUCUCGGUCGAAAAUAUGGCAAGCGUCCGGUGUACGUUGCCUCUUCUAUCUUUGGGACCGUCGGUAUCAUCAUUUCGGAAUCAGCUUCUGGCUACAGCACUCUGCUCGCUGGUCGUAUCCUUCAAGGUGUUGGACUGGCUGCUUAUGAAGCUUUGGCCAUCGCUACCAUCGGCGACCUCUUUUUCGUCCAUGAGCGAGGACCUCGAGUUGCCGUUGCCAUGUUCCUUCUGGCCGCCAUUUCAAACGGGGUCUCCAUCAUUGCUGGUGUUAUCACGGCCAAUCUAGGCUGGCGAUACAACUUCUACGUCUGCCUACCAUUCGGAGCUUUGCAAACGAUCUUGGUCAUUCUGUUUGGGCCUGAGACACAAUACAGGCGAAAGGCGAUUUACGAGACCGAUACCGCUGGCUCCGAGGAGAAUCUUGAGAAGCUUGCCUCUAUCGAAGUGCGAGCAGCGCGCCACGUUGAGAAUCCCUCCAAGUCCGCGGAAGCUUCAACAGACGACAUUGAACGGACAACUACCCUCGCAUCGGUCGACUCCGUUCCUCCUAAGAGAUCAUUCGUCAAAGAACUCGCGUUGUACAGCGGAAUCUAUACGGAGGACAAUUUUCUCAAAAUGGUUGUAGCCUCCGUCGCCAUCCUCUUAAACGUUGGCUGCUUAUAUCAAAUCGUUAUGACUGGUAUUAUCAUCGCUUUCUACGUCGUGGUGGCCAUCACCUCUGGUGUCAUUUUUGCCUCGCCACCUUAUCUCCUCGGUGCAUCCACCAUAGGAUACAUGUCAGCAGGUCCGCUCAUUGGGGGCUUCUUCGGCGCACUAUUCCCCUUCUUUGUGGCCGAACCCUUUGCCAAAUUCAUGACCCGCAAGAAUAAGGGCGUUUAUGAGCCGGAGUUCUGCCUCGUUCCAGUAUUUACCAUCGGCAUGGUGUGUGCAGUCGCUGGUCUUGCUGGCUGGGGACGAGUUGUCGAGAACGGCGACUCUAUCUACCUCGUCUGCUUCUUGUGGGGCCUGAUGCUCUUCGGCAUGACCGCCAUUGCCUCCUUCUGUACGCAAUGGGCACUUGAUGCCUAUCGGCAACACAGCACCGAGCUUUUCAUCAUGAACAUGGUCUUCAAGAACUUUUUCUUCUACGGCUUGACAAACUAUGUCAUUAACUGGUGGGCUACAGAUGGUGCACUCGACAUGGCAGGGACAAUGGCAGGUAUCACAGCCAUUCUCUGCCUCCUGGGUAUUCCGAUCUACGUCUGGGGAAAGAAAUACCGCAACUACUGGCACCACCACAACCUCCUGAAAAAGCUGCGUCUUGAGACGGAUCAAACCUUUGGAGAAGGCGGUACUCACUAG